UGUUAAAAUAAGGGAAAUGCGUGGAGGAGGGAGAUUGUUCACGAAUGGAGGGAGAGGGGUAGUUUAUAAAUCAUUGGGGAAAGUUUUUCAAAAUCACGUCUCUUCCCAAUCUUUCGGAAGUUUUUUUCAAAAUCAGUCUAUAAAACAGGAAUUGGGGUUAAAUAGGGCUUUUCUCAAAAAAAUUUUUUUCUGAAAAAUCAUUCGUGGACAAUCUCUCCUGCGCACAUUUUUAGAGACAAAUUUUUUAAAUUAUUUCAAGACCAACGUGAUUCUAAUUUCUUUUUUAUUUAAUUUCCUUUAUUUUUUGUCUUUGCUUUUUUUCUCUUUUGUCUUUUUUUUCUCGUUUUAUAAUUUUGCUUGUUU